AUGGAGAUUGCAUACAAGGCAGAGUUAGUAAUUGACUCGAUAGUUGUCAGUGAUAAAGGUCAUUACUUUUUGGAUGCUGUUGCUGAAGACAUCAAUCUUAUGAAGAUCGAGGCCCAAGAGAUCUGUGACAGCAUAAGUUAUAAUGGUGAAAUCAAGAGAGUUACCCGGGCUUCCGUUCACAUGCCAUCUCAAUUAACUGCCGCCAUGAAGAUCUUGUGGGUCUUGGAGACGAGGUGGAAACUAUCACUGGCAGACGUACAAGAGGAACAAAGCAGUUGGAUGUUGUUCCUAUCGUGGACUAAGAUAUUUGGCAAAGAAGGAUGUCCUCCUAUACUAAGUGAAGUUGGAUUCCGAAUAGCAACAAACUGUAAGGGACUACCUCUCAUUGUUAUCCUGGUUUCUGGAAUUCUUGCUACUACUGAUCAAGAUUGCUGGGAAGAAACUGCAGAAACUCUAAAUGCCAGCAUUAUUCUUGACACUGGAAACUGCAUGAAGACUCUUGAGCAGAGUUAUAGUCAUUUACCAGAUUAUUUGAAGCCAUGUCUUCUUUACUUUAGUGUAUUUCCAGAUGAACGAGAUAUUUCUGUACAAAGGUUGUUACAGCUUUAUAUUUCUGAAGGAUUUGUUCAAAAGACUGAAAGAAAGAGCUUAGAGGAAGUGGCCAAUGACUGCUUGAUGGAUUUGAUUGCUAGAAGUUUAGUUAUGGUUACUCGAGAAAGAACUCUGGGAGGACCUUGCAACUACAAUCCCCACCGAAUGUGUAUUUACAAUACAAUGGUAGAGGUGGUUAAGCAGUCAAGGCAAAUUUUUCCCAAUUUACGCUGUUUGCUCUUCUUUCCUAGCUAUGAGCAGAAUGCUACAGAUCUGGAUUUGGGGUUUUUGAUGUCUAAACUUCUUAGAGUGUUGGAUUUGGGAAACUUUGACUUUUGUGAAUCAUUUCCAUUGGAAGUACUAUGCCUUGUUCACUUGAGAUACUGGGGGAUUAAUCUGAAAAUAGACUUUGUUCCAUCUGCAAUAGCCAAUCUCUCAAGGUUACAUACUUUGGUGGUUUAUGGAAGCAUUACUCAUGUCGAGUUGCCAAAGACUAUCUGGAAUAUUAAGACGUUGAGGCAUCUUUGGCUUGCAAAAGAUACUGAAAAAGUUACCCAACAUCCGCAGGCUAAAGUGUGUUGGAGUCUCAGGGCUCUAAACAGCAUCUUCUGGAAUUUGCUAUGGGACUCUGAUGUUGGAUCAUUCGAGUCUACUAGAAUCCCUAAAGGUGAAUGGGAAAUGAAAGAAGGGGAAUUCUGUAAUCUUCGAUACAUGGAGCUAUCAGAUUUAGGCUUUUGCAGGUGGACUGCCUCUGCUGAUAAUUUUCCCCGUCUUGAGAAAUUGGUUUUGCAUUAUUGCGAGGUGCUGGAAGAGGUCCCUUCUUGUUUAGGGGAAUGUUCGACUCUUGAAAUGAUUGAGGUGAAAGGGUGUAGUGAGUCUGCUGUAUGUUCUGUAAAGCAAAUUGGACAAGAACAGAUGGAAAUGGGAAAUGAGGGUCUGAAGAUCAUUAUGUGA